AAAUUCGUUGUUUGCCAACCGCCAAUAAACCGACGAAGAAGACGACGGGGAGGAGGAACAAGAACUAGCAGGAGUAGCACAUGUUCUACUGAGAGUGACGGCGGAACCUUUAACAGUUAAGAUGAAGCCAGGUUUCAGUCCACGUGGAGACCGAGGAGGAAGAGGUGGAGGAUGGGGUGGAGGUAGAGGAGGAUUUGGUGACAGGGGAGGACGAGGAGGAUUCCGAGGAGGAAGAGGUGGAGGAUUCAAGAGUCCAGAAGGUGGAGGUUUCCGGGGCCGAGGGGGUGGCAGAGGCACCCCGAGAGGGAGAGGAGGCAGAGGAGGAAGGGGCGGCAGAGGCGGCUUUGGAGGAGGGAAGAAGGUUUUGAUUGAACCACACAGACAUGAAGGAGUGUUCAUCUGCAGGGGGAAGGAGGAUGCCCUGGUGACUAAGAACAUGGUAGUAGGAGACUCUGUGUAUGGAGAGAAGAGGAUCGGUGUAGAGGAAGGAGAGACCAAGAUUGAAUACAGAGCCUGGAAUCCAUUUCGGUCCAAGCUGGCAGCAGCCAUCUUAGGAGGAGUUGACCAGAUCCAUAUAAAGCCAGGAGCAAAAGUCUUAUACCUGGGAGCAGCUUCUGGCACCACAGUGUCCCAUGUUUCUGAUAUUGUUGGACCGGAAGGGUUGGUCUAUGCUGUGGAGUUUUCCCAUCGAUCAGGUCGUGACCUUCUCAAUGUGGCAAAGAAACGCACUAAUAUCAUUCCAAUCAUUGAAGAUGCUCGUCACCCUCACAAAUACCGCAUGCUGGUUGGCAUGGUGGAUGUGAUUUUCGCUGAUGUUGCCCAGCCUGACCAGACAAGGAUUGUUGCUUUGAAUGCACACAACUUCCUGAAGAAUGGAGGGCACUUCGUUAUCUCCAUCAAGGCUAACUGUAUAGAUUCUACAGCAGCUCCUGAGGCGGUGUUUGCCUCAGAAGUAAAGAAGAUGAGUGCUGAGCAAAUGAAGCCACAAGAACAGCUCACACUGGAGCCCUAUGAGAGAGACCAUGCUGUGGUGGUGGGCAUCUACAGACCUGCUCCUAAACAGAAGAAAUGACGUGUGGGAAAUGGACAACCCAUUCACAACCAAUCGUCUACUUUUCAUGCCAUCUGUGUCUGUUGCCCUCAACCUGCCUUUUGGUAAAUUUCUACACUGUGUGAAAGCAUGAUUUUGCACACAGUGUAAAAAUUGCCUGUAUAUUUUACAGUUAAUUGGACAACCAUGCAAAUACUACUGAUGAGGUUGGGAGUGCAUUCAUGUCAUUUGAGGUCAUUUCAGCCACAGUCUCAUUUGGUUGCCAGAUUGCAGAAAGUUGUUUUCUAAUAUAGGUUUUAUCAUAUAUAAAGGGUCUGUGCUUGUUGGGCCACCCUUAUUUCACAUCUGUUAAAGCACAAGUAAUGCCAGGUCUGUGUUCUGUGCAACAACUCAAAAACCUUUUGUUGAAAUAAUUUUAUGUAAGUGUUUUGUGUGGUCAGGAAUUUUUCUUUUUCUUUUUUGCUUCUGACUUCCUUGUCCUUUAAUUAAUCUGUUAGACUGUUAGGGAUAUCUCAAAUAGCCAUGGAUCAUCUAGACCCCAGAUGGCUAAAAUUUUUAAUGUAUGUUAUCUGUCAGAAGUGACUUUUUGGUAAAACACAGUUUGCAAUAGAGAGUUUCUGGUUUGCACAGUAGGUGGAAAAACCCUUAUGCUGAGCUGUUUAGUGGUGAGGUGGAAAAUGGCCCUUUGUGUGUGUAUACCCUGCAGACAAAUAUAGAUGGCUUUUUCAGUCGAACUUGUCAUUUGAUGCUAGCAUAAAUUUUCAGCAGAUGAUGAAGCAGCAGAAUGGUUGUACGUGUUUUAUAAAAACUUGUGCUUGGACCAUGUAUAUUUUUUGACUUAAUGUUCAACUUUGUUUUAAUAAAACAUUUGAUUCUUGUUUUUCA